GCAACACUGAUCUUCCCAGACCGAAGCACGCACUUCACGAGUUAGGACGCCGAGUCAGUUUGUUGAUGUCAGAAUGUUGGUUUUAGUGUACUAAGGUGUUUAUGUGUGGAGGCUAAACUUAAACGAGUUAAAGGAAAUACUUAUCUCACUCUCACAAUGAAUCCUGGGGAUGACUUAGUCGGACCACCUGGCAAAUUUGGUCCUGGAGGUCCUUUUCCUCCAAUGCCUGGACUUCCACCUCGGGGCCCUCCACCAAUUGGAGGAUUUGGAGGUGGACCUCCUCCAGGGUUUAUUCCACCUCCAAUGAUGCCUAGUGAUAUGCAUUUACCUCCUAGACCACCAAUGGCUCCGCCUUUUGGCCUGCCACCCCCACCAUUUGGUUUCGGACCUCCACCAGGUGAUGCACCCAUCCCUCAGGACUCUCCAGGCCUCUCCCCCAGUCCUGGCCUGCCUUCUGGAGGAGGGGACAGUCAAAGUGAGGGAAAGGACAAGAAGAAACACGAUUGGACGGAACACAAGGCUCCAGAUGGAAGAACAUAUUACUACAACACAUCAACCAAACAAAGCAUGUGGGAGAAACCAAAUGAGCUCAAAUCGCCAGUUGAAUUAUUAAUAGCCCAAUGUCCCUGGAAGGAGUACAGAUCUGAACAAGGGAAAACCUACUAUCACAAUUUGUCAACCAAAGAAUCUCGGUGGACCAUUCCCCCGGAACUGGAAGAACUCAAAGUAAAGUUGGCACAAGAAGAGAAGUCAAGUAAAAGUUCAGUACCAACUAAAGUACCAACAUCUACCACAUCAUCAACAAGCCAGUCAAGUUCGUCGUCUGCUCUGGACCAGGCAGUUGCGGCCACCCUGGCGGCCAUCAGCAUUCCUACCCCUCCUGUCAAGAUGGAUGAGGAUAGCACAUCCUCACUACCAGGCUUGAAGUCAAAUCCAGACAGCAGAACUAGCACUCCAGAGCCCAACAAACUGGUCUUCAAAGACAAAAAAGAAGCCAUUGAGGCCUUCAAAGAACUUCUCAAGGAAAGAGAUGUUCCAAGCAACGCCUCGUGGGAGCAGGCAGUGAAGAUGAUCUCCUCCGACCCACGUUAUCCACAGCUGAAACACCUAAAUGAGAAGAAACAGGCUUUCAAUGCGUACAAAACUCAGAAGCUGAAGGAGGAAAAGGAAGAACAGAGAAUGAGAGCUAAGAAAGCAAAAGAGGACUUGGAAGAAUUCCUGAUGACGACGGACAAGAUGACUUCCUCAACGCGUUAUUACCGGUGUCAGGAGAUAUUUGGUGAUCUUGAUGUUUGGAAAAACGUGUCUGACACGGAAAGGAGAGAUAUUUACGAUGAUUGUGUCUUCAACUUGGCAAAGCGAGAGAAGGAAGAAGCAAAGUCUCGGAAGAAGAGGAACAUGCGGCAGUUGGCAGCAAUAUUGGACUCUAUGGUUGCCAUAGAACACCGAACCACGUGGCAGGAGGCACAGCAGAUGUUGCUGGACAACCCUAACUUCACGGAUGAUGCCAGUUUACUCGGUAUGGACAAGGAAGAUGCACUCAUUGUUUUCGAAGAUCACAUAAGAGAACUUGAAAAGGAGGAAGAAGAAGAGAAGGAAAGAGAAAAGAAACGCGUAAAAAGGCAACAGAGAAAAAACAGGGACAACUUUGGUAUGCUGCUAGACGAGCUCCACGAGCAGGGCAAGCUGACCUCCAUGUCGCUGUGGGUUGAGUUGUACCCCAUUAUCAGUGCAGAUCUUCGCUUCUCGGCCAUGCUUGGUCAACCAGGUUCAACACCUUUGGACUUGUUCAAGUUUUAUGUUGAAGACCUAAAAUCGAGAUUCCAUGACGAGAGGAAGAUCAUAAAAGAAAUUCUCAAAGAAAAAGGGUUUGAUGUGGAAGUUUCCACAACUUUUGAAGAGUUUGCCACUGUCGUGUGUGAGGAUAGGAGGUCUGCAACUUUAGACGCCGGAAAUGUCAAACUCACUUAUAACGCAUUGUUAGAAAAGGCUGAGGCACGGGAAAGGGAGCGACAGAAAGAAGAAUCGAGGAGGCUGAGGAAAUUGGAGUCGUCUUUCCGCAGCUUGCUGCGGGACACUGACGUGGACUAUCACACUGUGUGGGAGGAUGUGCGGGAGAAGUUGGCAGACCACGAGGCGUUCAGAGCUGUCGGUAUCGAGUCAGAGCGGCUCAGGAUAUUCAAGGAGUACCAACACGAGACAGAAGAAGCUUGCAGUCACCACCAUUCCAGAUCGAAGAAGUCAAAGAAGAAUAAGAAGCAGAAGAAAAGAUCUCGAUCCAGAUCUGGUGGGUCUGAGAGUGAUUCUGACCGAGGGCACUCACGGGCCGGUAAGAAGCGCAGGCACCGCUCCCGCAGUGAGUCGGAAAGCUCGGACUCGGAACACAAGCGAAAGAACAAGCGCAAGAAGAACAAGAAGCGAAGAGGCGGGAGUCGCAGCCCGACGCCGUCAUCGAGUCCGGAGGAAGCACGGCCAGACAAGCCCAAGUUGGUGGAGGGGGGCAAAGUGGCUGUUUCGGCAGGACCAGAGCCGCACAAGUCCAAGUCAGAAGAGCUUAGCGAUGAAGAAUUGGAACGGAGGCGAAACGCACUCCUGCAACAAUUGCAUGAAGAAGCUGAUUAAACAUUUUAAAUUUCUUGUACAUAUCGUAUUUUAGGGACUGUAUUAAAGUACGCUUGAAUAACUGAAA